CAAUUAGCUGUAAAAGGAAAACAUAAGACGGUUGUCUUGUUCAUAAAUGGAUUAAAAUAAUAAAGUGUCGUAAAAUUUGUUCGUGUAUUGCAGUUUUGUGAUAUCUUAUUUGCAAAAACCAUGAGUGAAUUAAGGCAUAGGCGCGGUGAAGGCGAUGGGAAUGACAAAGUGGAAACCGCCGGUGAAUCGGAUCAUGUAGAUGUGGAUUCAGAAGAAGAAAAGGUUUUAGAGGAGAAGUAUGUGGAUGAACUAGCUAAAACUCUACCUCAGGGUACUGACAAAACGCCUGAGAUCUUGGAUUCAGCUCUAUCUGGAUUAUCUUCACGAUGGAGGAACUGGGUGAUCCGAGGCAUCUUCACCUGGUUGAUGAUUGGAGCGUUUUGUUUACUCAUCUAUGGAGGACCACUCGCCCUCAUGAUAACUGUUCUCUGUGUGCAAGUGAAAUGCUUUGAGGAGAUCAUCAACAUUGGCUAUGCGGUGUACCGAGUCCAUGGCCUGCCGUGGUUCCGCUCCCUCUCCUGGUACUUCUUGCUUACAUCCAAUUACUUCUUCUACGGAGAGAACCUCAUUGACUACUUUGGAGUGGUGAUAAAUAGAACUGACUACCUGCACUUCUUGGUGACGUACCACCGGUUCAUCUCGUUCAGUCUUUACUGCGUGGGCUUCGUGUGGUUCGUACUGUCGCUGGUGAAGCGCUACUACAUGCGCCAGUUCAGCCUGUUCGCCUGGACGCACGUCGCUCUCCUUAUCGUCGUCACUCAGAGCUACCUCAUCAUACAGAACAUCUUUGAGGGCUUGAUCUGGUUCAUAGUGCCUGUGUCUAUGAUUAUCUGCAACGAUGUGAUGGCGUACGUGUUCGGUUUCUUCUUCGGCAAGACGCCGCUCAUCAAACUCAGCCCCAAGAAGACGUGGGAAGGGUUCAUCGGCGGUGGAUUUUCUACAGUUAUCUUUGGACUUGUCCUGUCGUACCUGAUGUCGCAGUACCCGUACCUGGUGUGCCCCAUCGAGUACUCGGAGUCGCUGGGCCGCAUGACGAUGGACUGCGAGCCCUCCUCCCUCUUCCGCCUGCAGGAGUACACGCCGCCGCACUUCCUGCAGCCCCUCAUCAAACUGUCUGGCCGUGAAAAGAUGACGAUGUACCCGUUCAUGAUCCACUCGCUGGCGCUCAGCAUCUUCAGCUCCGUCAUCGGACCCUUCGGAGGGUUCUUCGCAUCUGGCUUCAAACGCGCUUUCAAGAUCAAGGACUUUGGCGACGUGAUCCCCGGACACGGCGGCAUCAUGGACCGCUUCGACUGCCAGUUCCUCAUGGCCACCUUCGUCAACGUCUACAUCACCAGCUUCAUCCGCACCGCCACGCCGCAGAAGCUGCUGCAGCAGGUUUACAACCUGAAGCCGGAGCAGCAGCUGCAGCUGUUCUACGCGCUCAAGGAGUCCCUCGAGAACCGCAACAUACUCAACAUGGUGCCCUAAGCGCGCCCCACACCCCACGCCCCACGCCUCACGUUGCCUGCUGCAAGCUCCAUGCCACAUGCUCGAACCUCACGCCCUACGCUGCCUGCUGCAAGCCCCACGCCCCACACCCCAUGCCGCGGACCCCACGGCCCCACGCUGCCUGCUGCAAUCCCCACACCGCGGACCCCACGGCCCCACGCUGCCUGAUGCAAGCCCCACGCCGCCAGCCCCACGCAGCAAGUUCCAAGCAGUGAGCCCCACGCCGCCAGCCCCAUGCAUUCGUAAGCUACACAGUACAUUAAGUAUUCCGCUUUUCUUUGGCUAUGAAAUUAUUACAAAUACAUGUAUUUGAUAUAUGUGUUUUUUGAGUUUUAAGUUGAUAUGUAUGACAAAAAUAAACAAAUAUUUGCCUAUCGAAGCACUAAAUAUCUUAGGUGUAUCAAAUGUAUUCAUUGUAUUCUAGUCUCUAAAUUUCUUUGUCUUGAUACACGUUAUCAAAUAUUUACAUUUACGUAAAAAAUAUGAAUGCACACAUUUUACAAGCUAUUUGUAAUAUCUGUCCAAACCGGUUCACGUCCAAGCGUAUACAUUUACUUACCAUAUAUUUAUAGGUUAUUUAUUAUAUAACCGAAAGUUUCCUUUUAAUGAAUUGUCACCGAUCGUAAAUGAAGUUUGAAAGCAAUUUUUGUCUCUCUCGCACUUUUGCAUUUCUCUUAUAUAUUUGUCUCACUCUCUCUUGAGAAAUGCCUAUUUAUUUAUCCUUUUCUUGCUUUAGUAAACAUGCUUUAUUGUAGUGUUGCCAAAUUUCUUAUCAUACAACUCACAGGGUUGCCACCACAAAAAGUGGUAAUGCAUUUGAAAAGCAGGUUCUUUUGGGAUAUCAUUCCCAAUUAUAAUGGGUACUAUGAUAAUAUAUUUUGUACUUUUAGUAUCAAAUUUGUAAUAUCCACUAUGUAUUUUUAAUUUAAACAGUAGCGGAUUUAAGGAAGGAUUUGGUUUUUAAAUGAAGUGAAAUAUUUUGUGUCAAAAUUUGUAAUUAUAACCUUACUAU